AUGAGUACACCCAAGGAAACCGUCCACCACGUCUUCGUCUCGUGCCCUGUGUAUCGCUCCUUCCGCCAACAUGCCACACAAACACUGAUUACUGAGACAUCCCGUAUCCUGGACUCUGCAGAAGUACCCUUGCUCAUUUGCAGGUCCUUUCUUCAGGUGGUCCGAUGUCUCUUUGAAGAUGGCCCCGUUUGGCCCCAAUCUCUAUCUCGCUUCUACCUUGGCCUAACGCCACCCUUGCCCGCACUUACUGGUUUGCCGGGAGCGAAGACAAGUCGUCUGUUGGUACGCAUCGCUCACACGUGGCACACGUCAUGCAUUCGUCUGGCUGGCAGGAUUUGGGCGGAAUAUAAGCGAAGGGUACGUCCGGCUCCAUCGAAAAAGAAUAAUAACGCCGUAGCCGCCUUCCUUCGAAACGUUCCUAACCCUCCCUCUCAUCUCCAAGUUACAUCGGUCCACCCAGCACAGCCCGAUAUCCUAGUCCAACAUGAUCUCUCGGUGUCGACCUCUCACAUCGAGUUCCUGCGUCUUUCCAUCAAUGAUCCUUCUGCGCAGUACCACAAGCUCAAGGGUUUGAUAUCUUCCUUUGAUUUCCCUUCACUCCAAAAUUUUCGCCUUCCUUUGCCGGCACUACGCCGUGUCCUUUCACAGUGCCUAGUCUCAAAACUCAGGCCUCAUUUGGCCUAUCAGCCAAUUACAGAGACUGACGCUGUUCACUUGGACCAUUUGAUCACAGCAAAGGUACACGAGUACUUCUCCUUUCCUUUUCAUUUUAACUCUACCUUGCUUUCGCUACCUCUGUCACUCCAUGGUUUUGAUUUCCCCUCUAUCUCUCGCUUGAAUCGCGUAGCAGCCGUGAACGGCCUGCUUCUAACCUUCUCGUCAAUUUCUCAUUCCUCUGCCCUGGCCAUGAAUCUCGACUGCUUCCGUACUUCAGCGUGGGUUUAUCAUGGCGAGACGUACGGACUCAUAGCAUCAACAAUACAUCAAUACAAUUUACCAUCACCCCCUUCUCACCUACCCUCUUCUCCAACUCUCUAUACCGACCACCUCAACUCUUCUCGUAUUGUAUCUUCCGCUCUCCACCUCCCUCCUCUGCCUCAUCAAUGGUCAUCUCUUCCUGGUCGUUCGCUCUACCGAUGGCUCCUUCAUCUCUUGCAGCAUUCUCCACCACCACAUCAUCCUCCCAAUAUCAUCUACACUCCAGCUCACACCAACUCCUCCUCGACCCCUUCAACAGUUAAUGCGCUUGCAGAUCGGCUCGCAUCAGGUUCUCAGCAUUUACAAAUUUGGCCACCUCCCGCACCCUUACCUACUUUCUUUAUGGAUUCUUUUAUGCUUUACUCACCAAACGACGGCUACAUUGAAACAAGUAUAUCAUCAUAUCUGCCAUCUGUACUCACUUCCGCUGCUUAUUCUAGCCCAGACUUCCGCCCUGCCAUGACGAUGCUACUGCCGUUCCACGACCAACACACACCUCCCGAACAUCCCUAUUUGCGGGCCUCCUCGGCAUAUUCAGCCUUGGUACAGCUCUACGCGAGAUCAGAUCAGCUGGACACGACGUACGCACGAUUCCGACGCUUCGGAAACGUAUCCCCCAUGUGCAUCAGUGGAUGCGAUGCACUGGAAACCGUCCACCACGUCUUCGUCUCGUGCCCUGUGUAUCGCUCCUUCCGUCAACAUGCCACACAAACACUGAUUACUGAGACAUCCCGUAUCCUGGACUCUGCAGAAGUACCCUUGCUCAUUUGCAGGUCCUUUCUUCAGGUGGUCCGAUGUCUCUUUGAAGAUGGCCCCGUUUGGCCCCAAUCUCUAUCUCGCUUCUACCUUGGCCUAACGCCACCCUUGCCCGCACUUACUGGUUUGCCGGGAGCGAAGACAAGUCGUCUGUUGGUACGCAUCGCUCACACGUGGCACACGUCAUGCAUUCGUCUGGCUGGCAGGAUUUGGGCGGAAUAUAAGCGAAGGGUACGUCCGGCUCCAUCGAAAAAGAAUAAUAACGCCGUAGCCAUUGAUUUACCAUCCUUUUUAUCUCCUAUCUUAUCGUCCUGA